AUGAGAUACUCGGCAAUCCUGCCCCUGGCGGCGGCCGCCUCGGCCAUUGUCAUCCCUGACGAUGUCACCCUCCACUCGCUCGUCAUCGAAGAGACCCAGCAUGUCGAAGACAGCGUCUCAUCUUGGUGGCAUACCAUCCCCAGUGCUGACGACAUCCGCAACUCGGUCAGCGACAUCCUCAGUGGCAGCCUCGAGGCCGUGGAGCGCAAGGCCAGCAAGCUCCACGACUACAUCCUAGAGGUCGAGUUCGACUUCUUCGGCAGCGAUGAGUAUGAUGAUGGUGAUGAUGAUGAGAUUGAAGGACCCGGCCACGGCAGGCCAGACCAUCCGGGCCGUCGUCCGCAUCAUCGCCCUCACCGGGGCCACCGAGGCCACCACGGUCACGGUCCAUCCAACCUGACCAUCUACGAGGCCAUCCAGGCCUCCAACUAUACAAAGAAAUUUGCCAAGCUCGUCGACGACUUCCCAGAUAUCGUCAAGGUGCUCAACUCGACAAAGGCCAACUACACCCUGUUUGCCCCCAUUGACAAGGCCUUUGACAAGAUCCCAGAGCACCAUAAGAAGCCCUCCAAGGAGUUCCUCGAGAAGAUCCUCGAGUAUCACGUCGUCCCCGGCUUCUACCCGGCCGGCCGCGUUCUUGCCGGGCACACUUUCCCAACUCUCCUCAAGGAGGAGGCUCUCGGUGGCAGACACCAGCGGCUCCGCGUGCACUUGAGCCUGUUUGGUCUCCGCAUCAACUUCUACUCCAAGAUCAUUGCUGCCAAUCUGUUCUUCAAGAACGGUGUCGUCCACGGCAUCGAGAGCAUCCUGGUACCUCCCCCUCCCGCGGAGAAGAUUGUCUCCCUUCUGCCUGGCGAGUUUUCCACCCUGCUCCUGGCCGCCGAGAAGACGGGUCUUCGUGGCAAGCACGACGAGCACAAGCACGAGACGAGCGGCCUCACCAUCUUUGCUCCGACCAACACCGCCUUCCGCAGACUCGGCCCGGCCGCCAACGCGUUCCUCUUCAAUUCGGAAAAGGGCCUCAAGUAUCUCAAGGCGCUGCUCAAGUACCACAUCGUCGUCAAUGAGACCCUCUACUCGGAUGCCUACUACGGCCGCGACCAUCACGACAAGGAUGAGAAGACUGUUGACGGCCAGGAGAACGGGCACUUCCACGUCGACCUCCCCACGCUCCUGGGCGACCGCCGUCUCAGCAUCGACAUUGCCCGCUGGUACGGCCUGAUCGAGAUCAAGAUCAAUGGCUUCACCCGCGUCGCUGUGCAAGAUGGCGUGGCCAAGGACGGCGUGAUCCACGCGCUGCAGACUGUCCUCAUCCCCCCUCAUGAGCAGAAGGGCUUCUACCCUGCCGACACCGAAAUUUCAGUUGAGGACCUUGUCGAGUAUCUUGGUCCGUACGUUGUUGAGGAUGAUGAGACCAGAGAGCAGGCCGACUGGUUCGGUGAGCUGUGA